UAACAAAAAUAUAAAAAAUUUAAAGGAAGUUUCUUUUAAACAGUUACCUUUUUACAUCAUACCAACUAAAUAACAAUACAAAAAUGUCUGGUUCAGGUGCUUCCGGUAACAAAUUCCGUAUGUCUUUAGCUUUACCAGUCGGUGCUGUCAUGAACUGUGCUGAUAACUCUGGUGCUAGAAAUUUAUAUGUCUUAGCCGUCAAAGGUGUAGGUGCUAGAUUAAACAGAUUACCAGCUGCUUCAGCCGGUGAUAUGGUUAUGGCUACUGUUAAAAAAGGUAAGCCAGAAUUAAGAAAGAAAGUUAUGCCAGCCAUUGUCAUCAGACAAUCUAGACCAUGGAGAAGAAAGGAUGGUGUUUACUUAUAUUUCGAAGAUAACGCCGGUGUCAUUGUCAAUCCAAAGGGUGAAAUGAAAGGUUCUGCCAUUACUGGUCCAGUUGCUAAAGAAUGUGCUGAUUUAUGGCCACGUAUUGCUUCAAACUCUGGUGUUGUUGUCUAAGACUUUCAUCAUUAUCAUUGUUUAAAUUCAUAUCUGUUUCAUAAUAAUCAAAAUAUAAAUAUAUAUUAAUAAUAUACAUUAUCAUUUUAUAAAAAUAAUAGUAAUAAUAUCGAGAA